AUGCAGUUCAGCACCCUCGCCCUCCUCGGCUCCGCCGCCCUCGCCGCCGCCGGCAACACCAUCACCUUCAACUCCCUCGACGAGGUCGACCGCACCGUCUACUUCAUCGCCAACGCCGGCCUCGCCUCCGUCGAGUCCGUCAAGGUCCCCGGCAAGGGCACCACCAAGGUCGACAUCCCCGACUCCUGGAUCGGCAACUGGUACUCCGUCUCGGACGGCGAGGAGAACGUCACCGGCAUGCUCGGCGAGGUCGCCUUCAACGGCUGGAACGGCCUCACCUACUUCGACGUCUCCGCCAUCGUCAACCCCAACGACCACAACGGCGUCAAGAAGAUGUACCCGGCCUCCGGCGCCACCCCCACCUCCGGCUGCGACUGCUACCCCUGCAACGAGGCCUACUACCUCCCCGACGACGUCCAGACCAAGGUCACCUCCGAGACCGACCUCGUCACCACCCUCGGCAACAACAACUGCACUGCCGCCAAGCGCAGCGUCUUCGAGGAGACCGAGAGCGUCAAGCGUGACUUCGUCCUCGGCAAGCACUAA